ACCCUGUGUGAUGUGCAAGUGUGUGUUUUUGCACACAUCAUGCAAGCAAAUUAAGUAGCUGAGAUUACCUAUUCAUGAAUGUUGUUUUAUAUAAAUUGUGUUUCGGAAUUUAGGAUUGUUAAAAUAGAUAUGGUGAAAUAGAUAGUUCUGUAAAUACGCUAUUAAGUCCAUUUUUCCGUCAUAUCGCUCUAUUCAAGUUCAAGUGCACUCGAGUAUUUAUGAAGGAUAUAAUAAAAUGGAGAAGUUUCUAAAAUCGAUAUUCACCACGUCAGAGAAGAAGAAGACUUUUACAUUUGGGGAAGACGAGAAGAAUGAUUUUACCCCGCCUUUUGAUGAACGAAGAAAGCUGUCCAUUUCUCGGUCGGGAAAAAUGAAGCAGGCCAACAAGAUACGAAAUACUUUGUCUACGGAUCUUUAUGGACAGAACGAUUUUCAACCAGUGGAAAGGCCGAAAACGCUAGAAUAUCACGUGAAUAAUGCAUUCAAAUUAGCCGACCAGGACACAAAGAAAAGCGCCGACAGUAAAAUUGACCAAGCUGUCGAUAAGAGUGAGCAAAACAAUAAUAGUAAAGAAUUAACGCCGGAGGAACAAAUUGAGAAUGCUUUUGAUGUUAUUGACAAAGCGUCGUAGCAUCAGUUAGUUCGAUUUUGGCAGUAUUAUGGUGUUGUGUGGAAUAAAGAAAAGGACCUUCACCGUGUUGCGGAAUUUUGAAGAAUAACUAUAUACAUGAGUUAUAUAUAUAUAUAUAUCAUGUCUGCGGACACAAGAAACGUUGAUUUAAAUAGUAGAUACUAGCGCUAACACGUCGUCGUCUUAAAGUAACUUAUCAGGUAUUAUUAUAUAGGCAUUUCGUGAUUAUUAACUAAACCAUUGCUAUUAGUUACAGUUUACCACAUAAUUUUUGCCGAUAUUUUAGAGCAGUUACACGCUUUAUGAUCACUGGUUAAGUGACAAGCGGCAGUUGACAGUUUUAACGAUAGAUAUACUUGUCUACCCUCUUUCGUUGUCGACGCGCAAAGCGCACAAAGCGACGCUGAACACUGGUAUAUACCUUCAAGUAUUGUUGACGUAUCAUCACUACGUACCGCGGAGUUCGGAAUUAUCAAGAUAGGUACCCCUUACCUUUUCCAACAAAAAAAGAAUAAUCGAAAUGGGUUUUGAAAUGUCGAAGUAAUCGCUUAACAUUCUCACACAAAAAUACAGUUGAAUUGAGGAUCUCCUCCUUUUCUUGAAGUUGGUGAAAAAUUACGAAACUUUGCCACGACAUUGCUAGCAGUAGUAUUUUGUUAUUCAAAUUAAUCGUGACUUUUGGUUACCACCUUUAGUGAAUCUUUAAGGUGGUGACCAUAACUGAGUAAAAUGUCAGAGCCAAAAAUCAGUCUUAGUCAUCCGACAUUUUGACUGCGAAUGCGGUGCACAGCCGAGUACAAAGUUCUAAACGAGCAUUGAUGCCGAUCACUCGACAAAUGCCGUAACUAGAGGUGGUCGUUUAAAUGAAAAGCACUUAAAAAAGUUUGCGUUUUAAAAUAAGCACUUAAGCACGCUUUUUAUUUUAAGCGUAAGCAUAGGUCAGGCCAAGUUCAAGGUCAAGGUACAAGUCCCACCAUUUGUGUUUCCUAAACAAAUUACCUAAUUCGUCAAUGUGAACAAAAAUUUUAUAAAUAAAAAUAA